AUGGAAGCAGGAUCAAUCACCGUGGAUACUGCAAGUCCUCCGAAGGUAGACCCGGGUAAAUUGACAAAGACCUCGGCUAACUCUAUGUCGGCUCAGGCCUACGAGAUACCUCCAGAAUUGCCACCACGCUCGUCCUACAUGGUGAGCGAAUUUCCAAAACAAAACGGAGUAACUUCCCCCGUGAACCUGACAAGAACGCUGAUUUUGAAGCCUUUAGCCUAUCUGGUUGAUGAUCCAGUAUCCAAGAUAUGUGUUGUCCGUCAGACCGAGUUGUAUGGCCUGCCUCAAAUGAAUGAGUCUAGCGAUUUAUUCUCGGUUUCUCAACUGAACAUCGACAGGCUCAAGCAACGAAUCGGCGCUGUUGACACCAGUGAGGGGGAAGCUCUUAACAGAGAGUACUGGAAGGCGGUGUUAGACGACCGUAACAACGAAUUCAUCCGAGACGGCCAUAUUGAUGAAUUGGAACAGCGUCUAAUUGAGGGGAUCCCCGAUAAUUUAAGAGCUUUGGUUUAUCUCAAAACGCUACAGGUAAGGUAUAAUAUCAACCACAAAGACACCUAUGACACCUUAUUGAAACGUGCUAAGCAGCUGCGCAGUGGCCGUACGAUUUCGGAAAAUGGUGGUUACAUUGACCGCCUUGAUUUGGACCAGAAUUUGAAAGAUAUCUUACGGAUUUUCAUUUACUAUACCAAUGAAGUCGUUGGUGCAGCACAAAGAGUGGAACUGGCAAACGUGGAUGUUAAUAUCAAUGAUGACGUACUUGCCCCGCUGACGAUUCAGGAUAUUCAACCCCCUAACUAUUUCGUUAUUCACAUUUGCAAAGUACUUGCACAAAUUCCCAACUUGGACGAUGAGGAGUUGUUAUACUUGCUUUUGAAAUUCAACAAGUUGUUUGUCAAUCUUAUCAAGGAUGAGUUCUUUUACAAGAUAAAUCGAUCCAUGGAAGAGUUACUUCCUCAAAUUUUCAAACAUAUCGCCAAGAAUGGUAUAAAUUUGGUGGUCUUGUACAAAAAGCUAUUGUACAACUUUUUCACUGAUCAAUUCGGGGACUCUCUGCAAUUGACUCUCAAGUUGCUUGAUUUCUUUGUGUAUCAAGGGUUUGACUUCUUAUUAAGAGUGGUCAUCUGGUGUUUCCAACAGAAUCAAGAUAAGAUUCUUGAUUUAGAAGGAGACUCGCUCUACGAGCUUUUGAAUCUGCAUGCUUUCUGGAACACCAUGACCGAAGACUCAUUGUAUGAAGUAUUGCAGACAAACCCUAAAGUGAUCAAGUACGAAAAUGAGUUCCAUUUGAUUUACGCGAACUCAUUCAAUAACAAGAACAACGAGCUCACAAACCUACGUGAAGUGAACGAUGAUUUGAUCAUUAAGGUUAAUGAGUUACGCCAACAACUAGCUCUGCUCAAAACUACGCAUGAGGAAAUCUUACAGCAGAAUGCCCAAUUCAAAGAUCAGCUCACACAAGAGGUGGACCAACGGAAAGCGCUUGAUAAGAAGCGCAGCGAAUUGCAAAGUAGAUAUGAGCACUUGUCGAUGAAGGAGAAUGUCACCAACACAAAGAAAGCGAACGAAGAAUUUGCGGCUCGUAAUGAGGAAUUGGUGAAGCAAAUUGAGGAAUUGAAGAAGAGUAUUGCCACUAAAAAGGCAAAGUUAGGAAGAGCGUAA